UUUGCAAAACGGAACAGUACGUAGACGGACCUGUCAUGACCACACCAAUAUCGACACAAGUCCAUCGACCAAUCAUACAUGGAAUGAGGCAGUAGCUUAACGCAGGCAAUGUACCCAUGCAUGAACAUAUGCCAGGAUGUGCACCUACUAUCCCAGCUCUCUCGUCUCUGCGUGCUCUGAAGAGUCUCGAUGCGGAUCCGCAGCUGCCAAAUCCUCCAGUCACCCAUCAGUCCGCUAUCCCCACAAUUCCCCCCUCCUCCAAACUCAACCCAACCGUACCAAAAGAGACUCGUGCGGAGUUUCUGUCUGGAAACGUACAUACACCACCCCCUCUCUGCACGUUGUGAUGACCCGGGCCAAUACCGCAGCGUAAGAUCUAACCCCAUGUUGACUUCUGGAUCACUUGGUACCCAUACGUGCGGGGCUGAUGGUACCCUUAUAAUCUGGACCAUAGUAGACAAUUGCAAUGCCCCUUUACUACCUUGUACACGAUACAGUACAGAACCUUUCAACAUAUUGUCUGGUCCUUGCGACAUCUCUUACUGCUCUUUAGUUCCCAUUGAACGUGUUUGAACUUUCAAGAUGACGAUCCCAGAUGAGGUCGAUAUCAUCGUCUGCGGCGGCGGGUCUUGCGGCUGCGUCGUGGCAGGAAGGCUCGCAAACCUCGAUCACAACCUUCAAGUAUUGCUGAUUGAGGGUGGAGAAUCCAAUUUGAACAACCCAUGGGUAUUUCGCCCAGGUAUAUACCCGAGGAAUAUGAAACUAGACAGCAAGACUGCAUCCUUCUACUAUUCACGACCUUCCGAGUGGCUUGAUGGACGGAGGGCUGUGGUGCCUUGCGCCAACAUCCUGGGCGGCGGAUCCUCGAUCAAUUUCAUGAUGUACACGAGAGCUUCUGCAUCUGAUUACGAUGACUUCCAAGCCAAGGGCUGGACCACCAAGGAAUUGAUUCCUCUGAUGAAGAAACAUGAGACAUACCAACGAUCCUGCAAUAACCGCGACCUGCACGGCUUUGAAGGCCCCAUCAAAGUUUCGUUCGGCAACUACACAUAUCCAAUCAAGGAAGACUUCCUUCGGGCGAGUGAAUCGCAAGGUAUCCCAACAACAGACGACCUCCAGGAUUUGGAAACUGGUCACGGAGCGGAACACUGGCUGAAGUGGAUCAAUCGCGACACGGGAAGGCGCAGUGACUCGGCCCAUGGCUAUAUUCACAGCACCCGCGCUGUUCAUCAGAAUUUGCACCUGGCAUGUAACACCAAGAUCGACAAGGUCAUUAUCGAGGGCGGUCGCGCCGUUGGCGUCAAUACGGUCCCGAUGAAACCGCUUUCACCUGGACAACUUACGAACCGCGUCUUCAGAGCUCGUAAGCAGAUUAUCGUCUCUGGCGGCACACUUAGCUCGCCUUUGAUUCUUCAACGAUCUGGUAUCGGUGACCCCGAAAAGCUACGCAAGGCCGGUGUGAAGCCUAUCGUGGAUCUGCCCGGUGUUGGCUUGAACUUCCAGGACCACUAUCUUACUUUCUCCGUGUUCCGCGCUAAACCGCACGUCGAGUCUUUCGACGAUUUCGUGCGAGGCGACCCUGCGACACAGGACAAAGUGUUCCAGCAAUGGAACAUCAACGGUACUGGCCCACUUGCCACUAAUGGAAUUGAAGCCGGCGUCAAAGUUCGACCCACCGAAGAGGAGUUGAAAAUGAUGGAUUCUUGGCCAUGCAAGGAGUUCAGGUCGGGAUGGGACGACUAUUUCAAGAACAAGCCGGACAAGCCGGUCAUGCACUACUCUGUCAUUGCUGGCUGGUUUGGUGACCACAUGCUCAUGCCGCCCGGCAAAUUCUUCACGAUGUUCCACUUCCUUGAGUAUCCCUUCUCGAGAGGCUCCACCCACAUUGUGUCCGCAAAUCCAUACGAGGCACCCGACUUCGAUGCGGGCUUCAUGAACGACAAACGCGACAUGGCACCAAUGGUCUGGGGAUAUAUCAAAUCCCGCGAGACAGCGCGUCGCAUGGAUGCCUACGCCGGAGAAGUGCAGGCCAUGCACCCAUUCUACGCAUACGACUCACCCGCACGCGCCAAGGAUAUGGACCUUGCCACCACCAACGCUUACGCACUCCCUGGCAACGUCACCGCCGGAAUCCAACACGGCUCAUGGAGCAUGCCGGUUGAGCAGGGUCGCGCGCCCGAACCUACGUUCCUGAACUCCAGCUCGCAGCAUGUUCUCGAUGACUUGAACUACUCCAACGAAGAUAUCAAGCAUAUCGAAGACUGGACCAAACGUCACGUAGAGACCACAUGGCACUCACUCGGUACCUGCUCGAUGGCCCCACGCGAGGGCAACUCGAUUGUCAAGCACGGCGUGCUGGACGAGCGUCUCAACGUACAUGGUGUCAAAGGCUUGAAGGUUGCGGAUCUGAGUAUCUGUCCCGAUAACGUCGGUUGCAACACUUACUCGACCGCCCUCCUCAUCGGCGAGAAAUGUGCCGUGCUCACCGCAGAAGACCUUGGUUAUUCUGGCGCCGCUCUCGAUAUGAAGGUUCCUCCUUACCAUGCGCCGAGAGAGAUUACUGGACUCUCCAGGUUGUAG